AUGGCUGAGGCAAUACUCAAAACGAGCAGGCAGUGGCGAGUCACUGGCUAUGACGGGUUUGACUCUCUGAAAUUUUCAGAAGAAGCGAUACCUACAAUUGGCGACAACGAAGUUCUCGUAAAGAUUCACGGGGCAUCUCUCAACUUUCGCGACAUCAUCAUUCCGUUGGGAAAGUAUCCCUUUCCGCAAAAGCCCAACGUCGUUCCGGGCUCAGAUGGCGCCGGCACCGUUCUUGCCAUAGGAAAGAAUGUUACACGUUUCCAGCCAGGAGACAAAGUCGUCACCACGCUCCUGCAGAGGCAUAUUGCAGGAUCUCUCACUCCUUCAGCAGCAGAUUCUUCACUGGGCGGGUCAAUUGACGGAACCUUUCGCUCAAUUGGCGCAUUUGACGAACAGGGCAUCGUAAAAAUGCCCGAGGGUCUUAGUUUCACAGAAGCAGCCACUCUCAGCUGCGCCGGCGUUACGGCUUGGAAUUCGCUCUUUGGGCAACCGGGAAGAGAGCUAACACCCGGUCAGUGGCUGCUCACACAAGGUACAGGCGGUGUCAGUCUUUUUGCCCUCCAGUUUGCAAAAGCAGUUGGCGCAAGGGUCAUUGCUACGACAAGUUCAAACGAAAAAGCUAAAUUGCUUGAACGCAUCGGUGCUGACCAUAUCAUCAACUACCGGGAAACUUGGAACUGGGGCGAAAGAGCUAAAGAGCUCACAGGAGGUGUUGGCGUGGAUCUGGUUGUCGAGGUAGCUGGUGCGGCAACAAUGCAGCAGAGCGUUGCGAGUCUAAAGCUCGACGGUACGAUGUGUGUUGUUGGGUUUGUCGGCGGAGACGGUAAUGGAGCAGAAGUGCCGAAUCUAUUGGAUCCCUGGCUUAAACACUAUGCAGUGCGUGGCAUUUCAGUUGGUAACCGCUCGCAAAUGGAGGCCAUGUGCCGUGCGGUUGAGGCCAACCUGGAAAAUCUUCGGCCUAUCAUUGACUCGAGGACCUUUAAGUUAGAGCAGCUCAAGGAGGCGUAUGAGUACUUGAAUUCUGGGGGUAACGUCGGCAAGGUUUGCAUUGACAUAGACUAA